AAAAAACCAUCACAAACGACUGGAUUGCUUUACGAACUACGAAGAUGUAUCACCGACCAAGAAGUUGGAGGUUCCGUAAAGAAGAUGACUACACAUUUGAGUUUCGCCACUGCCUUCCAUCAUCAUUACCAGCGCAACCGCAACAUCGAGGAGCCGGCGUUCAGCCUGCUGAUCGCCGCCUACUGCCUGCUGAUCCUGGUGGGCGCGGCGGGCAACAGCCUGGUGGUGUGCGUGGUGGUGCGCAAGCGCAGCAUGCGCACGGCCAGGAACAUGUUCAUCGUCAACCUGGCCGUGUCCGACCUGCUGCUGUGCCUCAUCACCAUGCCCUUCACGCUCAUGGAGAUCAUCACCAAGUACUGGCCGCUGGGGCGGCACGACUUCGUGUGCAAGAUGGUGGGCACGCUGCAGGCCACGUCCAUCUUCGUGUCGUCGGUGUCCAACACUGCCAUCGCGCUGGACAGGCAAGGCGCCGUCGGGUAGCAGCUCGCAAGGGUCCACUCGGCGCAAGACGAAGAGCGACCGGCGCAUGAAGCGCACCAACACGCUGCUCGUGUGCACGGCGCUCAUCUUCUGCAUCAGCUGGCUGCCGCUCAACAUCUUCAACAUCGUCAUGGACCUGUGGAACCCGGUGAUCAAGGACAACGAGUCGAUGCUCAUCUGCUACGCCGUCAUGCACAUGAUGGGCAUGUCGUCGGCGUGCUCCAACCCGCUGCUGUACGGCUGGCUCAACGACAACUUCCGCAAGGAGUUCCAGGAGCUGCUGGCGCUGCUGUGCCCGUGCGUGCCCGUGGACGCCGUGCGCGAGCGCGUGGGCUCGCUCAAGUCGAGCGUGUCGCGCAGGCGCCGGCGCAGGCACAAGUCGGCCAGCGGCUCCAGCGCCGCC